CGUUCCGCAGGAGAUCAGUCGAAAAUAUCGGUUUCUUUUUAAUUAUUUUUUACUUUAAAAUUUGAAUUCUCCGUCGCGCCGCAUGGCGAGACAAAUAUAGAAUGAUGUUACCACAUCGCAACCCUUCUUAUAUAAGAAAUGCAUUCCGGUGUCGUGUUGUUCCCAUGGUUUUAUAAAUUGAUCAAAUGAAUGUAAAUAAUAAAACAAUAAGUGGUCGGUGUCAAGUGAUAUCUCCGCCCACAGUGCCCACUGCACUCAUUAUGCGAUUAGUGAAGAUCAUUUGAGGGGGAGUGGGUUAAAAUAGGGAUAAGAUGUCCGGUGAGGGCGAGCGGGCCUCUCGCCCGAACUCCUUGGUUUUGGAGCCACCGGCGCCCGAGCGGGAGCCUCUCCGCUUCGACGUGCAGUUGGUGGGAGCCCCGCCGGAGGUCGAGCAACUUGUUAACAACAUCAAGCAAGUUGCAGAAGACUUUCUUUACCAUUGGAAAACUUUUCCCAUAGUGCUCCCGCAAUCAAGGUUCACAGGCCCUGAUAAUAGGCCGUCCGAUAUUAUAAUUCCUCCACCAUGUGAUGAACUGGAUGCAGCAGCUCUCGAUGCCGGGAUUGAACCCCAUCCCUUGACGCCGAAGCAACUUCACUCCAUUCGCGAGAAAGGCGAAUUCGAGGUCCCGUCCCGCCAUUUUCCCGGUCAAACGCACGUAUGGCGAGUCGCUGGCUGGCUCCAGCGAGGCAGAGUGCGGGCGAGGGAAGAGCUGUACUGUCACGUCGCACGAGCUAUCGCUUUAAUAGUGGUGGUGUCUCGAGAUCGACUGUUAAGAGAUGAACCCUUGUCCCUAAUCGCUGGAGCCAAAGCAUUUAUGGAAGGACUGCAUAGAUUAAUGGAUCUCAUAUUCGGAAUGCCGUCAUUAGAAGCUCGUGAUCUCGAUAAGAAGAUACGCGAGGAACGUUCCCGUUAUCUUGUAGCCGAACUUAUAUGUAAGCCAGAAAACCAGGAAGAUAUAACAGCUCUGGCAGCGUGGGUGACGAGGGGUAUGCGGCGGGCGGCCUCUGAGAAAUCGGAUGCCAGAGACACGCCACGCACUGCCCCUAGAGUGCCCUGCCUUUAUUCUACACCGCAAAGAACGCAGGUGGACCUUCGUCUAUACAGGCGAGAGCUACUUCGCCGCGCGGCGCCAUUUCUGCAAACCAUCUUAGACAGAGAGUCGCGCGGCUGGUUCCUUCACUUUCGGGAAAGGCGUGCAGCGUUGCUCGCCAGUCAGAAGAUGCCUAUGAAGGAUAUCGAGGAGGAAGUAAGUUCAGCAGCCAUGCGGGAAUAUGUAUCCCGCGUGUGCAAUGCAGUCCUUACGUGCGAGCAGUUGGCAUCCUUGGGCCCCAUGAUACCUGAGCUUUUGGCGGCGCAAUUACGAGCUGCGGUCAUUGUUAACAGAGCGGAGGAAGGUGUCCGCCGUAAACUAGAGGCGGGAUUAGCCACGGCCGAAGCCCGCAUCCAAGCAGCGCACCCCAUCCUAUCCCGUGCCGAAGCCUGGAAGAAGGAAAAGCUGGCAUCAGCAGCUCACUCGCUGAGGAGUGAACUGCGCUGGGCUGGUAUGGAGGACGCGGCGAUCGCGAUGCAAGCAACCAAGCUGGCUCAACACAGAUACUUCCUGCUUAGAGAUCUUACCUUCCUGAGGGACCGGGAGCCCUUACUUAUGAAGGAAUUACGUGCAGCGAAAACACCGACCCGCGAGUUCACAUGGGCCACUCGUAUUUGGUUACCACAAAACUGGGCGGUCAUACGUCACUUCCGGGGCCGGUCGGAGCGGAUACCAACCGUUAUUAGCAGCAGGGCUACCAACAUAGUGACACCGCGGUCUGAUCCGUCCCAGCCAGUGUUCCUGGCAGACCGGGAGAAAAUUAGGACAACUACCACACGCUGGCCGGGGUGGAGGUUGCUCAACUUGGCUCAUAGAACCUGGAGCUGGACGUGGAACAUGAUGUUUCUGCUGGGAGUUUUAGUGCCAUGGUGUUCCCCUCUAGCGCUCCGGACUCUCCUUUGCGUUAAACCUUUUGUACCCGAUUUGGAGUUGUCACAGGUAAACGGAACUCUAUUUCCAAAACGCAGUAGCGAGACCCAAACUAUGUGGUCGCUGUUGCUAAAGCUAUGGCGGCAUGUUUCCAAAGAGAGAACGAGAUUUGAGACUGAACCGGAUACAGGACUUUUAGGUAAAGGUCUAAGCAGGCAGGCGAACCGCGUCUGGAACUACGGAGCUGUCGGUGGUCUGGGCUCACUGGCACUUCUGCUAGUGUUCCCGCUAGUGGCACUGGCUGCGAGUGCGCUGGCACUGGCUGCGGCCAUCAGCGUGCCGCUGUGGCUACCGGCACUUGUACUUGGACUGCACACCUUGAACGCGCUGCUUUACGACCUCGACUGUCCCGACCCGCCGCGGCUCAACAGAUGGUUCGUCCUAUUGGAGGUGCUGAUAUGGCGCAUCGGCCUGCUCGGUGUGGUGCAGCCGAUAUUGGCGUUCAUAGUCGCUGUCUUCUUGUGUCCGCUCACCGCAUUCAUUCUGCUAGUUGGUGGCGUGAGCUGGUGGGUGAUGCGCGGUGCGUGGGAGGCGGUCGCGUGGCGUGCGCUCAUUGUGCGUGCGGCGCGCGUGCCCGCGCACGACUCGCGUUACUGCCAUCGUGUUGCCGGGCCCGCUCUGCAUUCCUUCGCCUCUUAUCAGAUUUCAGCUGCGCAAGCGUUAGCAGCGGUGUGUGCCAGGGGCGAGCUAGAAGCACUGUCGCUAUGGGCGGCUGACGUCGAAGCGGCCAUCGAGCGUCCCUUGCGAGACUACGAGCAUUUCGUCGAUGCGUGUUUCGGACCGUUUUCUGUUCAAAUAGCUAAGACUGGGUCAUACAAGCAAGUGGAGAAAGAGUGCGGCGAGUUGGUUUGGUCUGCGAGAGAGAAACUAUCGGCAAGGCGGCGUGACCUCGCUCUGCCGCUCAGUGACGCGGCGCGUGCUCGCGUGCGCAUGUUGCCUCAGGAGCUUAGGAAAGCAGUACACGCGUCUGCGGUAGAGUUAGCGCGUAUGUGGGGAGAAGCGGCGCGAGGCGAGGAAUGGUGGUCGGCUCGCGGGCUCGAACCUGGGGACUGGCAUGCCCUGGCCGCUAACACGCUGGUCGAGGUUUUCGACGCGGAAAUCCUAGUAGCGUUAGAGGAAGGUGAAGCUAGAGUGGCCCUGGAGUCAGGCGCGGGCGCGGUGCGGUGGCACGACCUCACGGCCAAACACCCCGCGCCCCCUGACGUCAUCGCAGAGAGGGACGACUGGAGACCCGCACCGGGUGUAUGGGGUGAUUGGAGCGGCACGCCUGCUCCUAGAGUGCCCCCUCCAUCGCUGGACGUGGCGGCCUUUAGUCCACGCGCCCAGCCACACCAACCGCUGCCAACGCCGGCGGUGGUCGCGUUGGUCCUUCACAACAGGGAGUCCGAUAAUCCUGUUUCGUUGGAUUCAGAACUAUGUGCCGAUAUAUUGAAGACUUUAGAAGACGCGCCCGACUGCGAUGAUAGAAGAGAUGGCGUGGAAAGGUAUAGAGGCGGAGGUAGUGAGGCCACGAGUGAAACCAGCGGAUCCGACACGCCCGAAGACGAAGGGUCCCGCGUCCUGCCGCCCACUGCCGCUACACCCGACUCCGCUCUGUGCAGAAUAUCGCCCAGCACAGCAAGAGCCGCCUGUAGAUGGACAUUAACUGGGCGAGGGGUUCGUUUAAGAGCGGACCUGGCGAGCCCUGAAGACGUCACGCUUGACACCGACAGACACGUGGGUACUUCGGUUUGAGGUUUUAUGAAUAAGGACGUAAGGUUGAGAUUACUAUGCUGAGAUUAUUUACUUACGCCCAUUUAACAUGUAUCCAAUUUUAGAUUUUGUAUGCGGAAAAAUAUCGUACGUAAUUUUGCAUUGUCACUUCCAGUUUGAUUUUAGCGUGCUUGCGUCUUUAACAAAAUCUUUAUGUCGGAUAUGGUGCAUAAAGAGUCAUCAUCAGAAUCAUAUCGAUUCUUUGCCGGUCCUCCCAAUGAGAAGGGGUUUAGGCCGUAGUCCACCACGCUGGCCCAGUGCG